UUUAAUAUCCUCAUGAAUAAAAAAAAAUCCGAAAAAAGGAAAAAAAAAAAACCUCCAACUGCCAUUUUCUGUUCCACUGAAUCACUUCUGAGCCUAAACUGGGCACACCCAGUUGAUUCAACCCUCUCCAUUACUUAUCUGCACAAACACCCAACAAGGGAAUAGGAAUAAUUGGAAAUGUCUUCAAUUGUAAAGAAAAUGCUCAUAAGGUCAACAUGUGAUGUAUAUGCUGAAAGAGUAUUGUUGAAGCACAAGUAUGUAGAUCACAAAAAGAUUGGUUCACUUCGAGUGAACCGUCGACCUUCUGUUCACGUGAGCCGAUCAUCCUGUUGUCGAGUUCGGCUUAUUCGCUGUCAGGAACUGAAUAGCAGUGCCAAUGGUUUCACCCACUUGACUCCUAACAAAGGGGAGCAAUCAAUCGGAAACCGGUUGCGAUCAAAAGCCAUAAGAACCCCGGUAUCAGAUCCAACCCUAACUACGAAAAAGCGCGUAUUUACCUUUGGCAAGGGAAAGAGUGAAGGCAACAAAGGCAUGAAGUCCUUGUUGGGAGGUAAAGGAGCGAACUUGGCAGAGAUGGCGAGCAUUGGUUUAUCAGUGCCACCCGGGCUUACCAUAUCAACAGAAGCAUGCCAAGAGUAUCAGAACAAUGGCAAAAAGCUACCAGAGGGUCUGUGGGAAGAGAUACUGGAAGGCUUAGAGAGUGUUGAGAAGGACAUGGGUGCAUUCCUUGGUGACCCUUCCAAGCCUCUCCUCCUUUCUGUUCGAUCUGGUGCUGCGAUAUCCAUGCCGGGUAUGAUGGACACUGUUCUCAACCUUGGACUGAAUGAUGAAGUGGUUUCUGGGUUGGCUGCAAAAAGUGGAGAGCGGUUUGCUUAUGACUCAUACAGACGCUUUCUAGACAUGUUUGGGGAUGUUGUAAUGGGCAUUCCGCACUCACUAUUCGAGGAAAAAUUAGAAAAUUUGAAGUAUGCAAAAGGAGCUAAGCUUGAUACUGAACUCUCGGCUUCUGACCUUAAAGAGCUGGUGGAACAAUACAAAAAUGUCUACCUUGAAGCAAAGGGUGAAAAGUUUCCUUCAGAUCCAAAGAAACAGUUGCAGUUGGCUGUUAAUGCGGUUUUUGAUUCCUGGGACAGCCCGAGAGCCAUCAAAUAUCGAAGCAUUAACCAGAUAACCGGACUAAGGGGAACAGCAGUGAACAUUCAAUGCAUGGUUUUUGGGAACAUGGGAAACACUUCAGGGACAGGGGUACUCUUCACUAGGAACCCAAGUACUGGUGAAAACAAGCUCUAUGGCGAGUUUUUAGUCAACGCCCAGGGAGAGGAUGUCGUAGCCGGAAUCAGAACACCUGAGGAUUUGGACAAAAUGAAAAGUUGCAUGCCUGAAGCUUACAAGGAGCUUGUGGAGAAUUGUGAAAUUUUAGAGAGACAUUACAAGGACAUGAUGGAUAUUGAAUUCACUGUUCAAGAAAAUAGGCUUUGGAUGCUGCAAUGCCGGGCCGGAAAGCGUACAGGAAAAGGUGCAGUGAAGAUUGCUGUGGACAUGGUAAAUGAAGGCCUUGUUGACACUCCCACUGCAAUUAAGAUGGUGGAGCCGCAGCAUCUUGACCAACUUCUGCAUCCCCAGUUUGAAGAUCCAUCAGCUUACAUAGACAAGGUACUUGCCAAUGGGUUGCCUGCAUCUCCUGGAGCAGCAGUUGGCCAGGUUGUAUUCAGUGCUGAUGAUGCUGAAGAAUGGCAUGCACAAGGAAAGAGUGUCAUCAUGGUGAGGACUGAAACCAGUCCAGAGGACGUGGGGGGUAUGCACGCAGCUGCAGGGAUACUGACGGCUAGAGGUGGCAUGACAUCUCAUGCGGCUGUUGUUGCCCGCGGGUGGGGAAAGUGUUGUGUUUCUGGUUGUGCUGAUAUCCGUGUGAAUGAUGAUGAGAAGUUUGUGGUAAUUGGAGACAAGGUAAUAAACGAAGGCGAAUGGCUUUCACUAAACGGGUCUACGGGUGAAGUGAUCUUGGGUAAACAACCACUUUCUCCUCCGGCUCUAAGUGGUGAUUUGGAGACCUUCAUGUCUUGGGCUGACAAACUAAGGCGCCUCAAGGUUAUGGCAAAUGCUGACACACCUGAAGAUGCAGUAACAGCAAGAAAAAAUGGUGCUGAAGGCAUUGGACUUUGCAGAACUGAGCACAUGUUCUUCGCUUCUGAUGAGAGGAUAAAGGCUGUGAGAAAGAUGAUAAUGGCAGUAACACUAGAACAAAGGAAGGCAGCACUAGACCUUCUGUUGCCUUAUCAAAGAAUUGAUUUUGAAGGCAUUUUCCGUGCAAUGGAUGGCCUCCCAGUGACAAUUCGACUCUUAGACCCUCCCCUUCAUGAAUUCCUACCAGAAGGUGACCUGGAUCAGAUUGUCGGUGAGCUGACCACAGACACUGGCAUGACAGAAGAUGAGGUUUACUCAAGGAUAGAGAAAUUAUCAGAAGUAAACCCCAUGCUUGGAUUCCGAGGUUGCAGGCUAGGAAUAUCAUACCCGGAGCUGACUGAGAUGCAGGUUCGAGCUAUCUUCCAGGCUGCGGUGUCUAUGAUGAAUCAAGGAGUCUCAGUCUUUCCAGAGAUAAUGGUUCCACUUGUUGGAAGUCCCCAGGAACUAGGACACCAAGUGAGUUUAAUUCGUGGUACUGCAAAAAAAGUAUUCUCUGAGAUGGGUUCCUCCUUAAGCUUCAAGGUAGGGACCAUGAUUGAGAUUCCUAGAGCUGCCCUUGUUGCUGAUGAGAUUGCAAAGGAAGCAGAAUUUUUCUCCUUUGGGACCAAUGAUCUGACACAAAUGACCUUUGGGUAUAGUAGAGAUGAUGUUGGCAAGUUUCUCCCCAUAUACCUAUCCAAAGGAAUUCUCCAACAUGAUCCAUUUGAGGUUAUCGACCGAAAGGGUGUUGGCCAACUUAUCAAGAUUGCCACAGAAAAAGGUCGCGGAGCCAGGCCGAGCUUGAAGGUUGGAAUAUGUGGAGAGCAUGGUGGGGAGCCUUCUUCUGUUGCUUUCUUUGCAGAGGCUGGGCUUGAUUAUGUUUCAUGUUCUCCAUUCAGAGUUCCUAUUGCAAGGCUAGCUGCAGCUCAAGUUGCUGUUUGAAGAAGAAAUUUCGAGAAGACAAGCUCUCCACCUUCCAUACAAUUUCUGCAAACCUUGUGCAGUUGUAAAUAAAUUAUAAUAGUGUUCAUAAGAUGAAAAACAUUAAACUGGAAUCACCAUAGAAAAUACAUUCAUACGUAUAUAUAGCAUACAGUCUUUGUAUCAAGAAGCGGAUUUUGAGAAUUGGUUGCAAAUGAUAGGAAAUAUAUUGUGUACGUUCUUGAGAGGCAUUCAAAUGUAAUAGGAAGUAUAGAAGCUAUGGCUCUUUGACCCC